CCUGGGUAUCCCCGCAUUUCCAUGGACAGCCAGCAAGUGGAGGGAAAACUGUUCUCCGCCACCUGCUCAAUCCGUCAUUCCUGUCCUUCAUCUCCACCAACGGUCAAAUGGAUUGGCUUAUCUAGUGUUUCUAACAGUGUGACCACCACAAAGGACCAGGACGGACUGUGGACUUCAGUGUUCCAAGCAAAGUUCAAACCAAACCUUCAGGAUCACGAGAAGUAUCUCAGCUGCCAAAGCACCUUCAGCAGUCAAACGAUGUCCAGCAAAAAACUUCAGAUCAACGUCUUAUAUUCCCCCUCAGAUGUGAGAAUACAGGCUGAAGGAAACAGUGUGGUUGAGGGUGGUUCUCUCUCACUCACAUGUUCUGCUACCAGUAGACCUCCACCUUCUCGCUACGAGUGGUCUGUUUCUCAGAUGAACACCACUGUGAAGAAGAGUGGAGCAGAACAUCGCUACACCUUUAAAAAUAUCCAGCGGGAGACCUCCGUUUCCUGCACUGUGUUUAACUCUGUUGGAGAGGGUCAGUCUGAGCAGCUCAAGCUGAACGUCCACUUUCCUCCCAAAAUCCUGCUCUCUCCAAGCUGCUCUGAGUGGGCUGGAGGUCUGCUCUGCGUGUGCCGAGCGGAGGCCGAGCCCAGAGCUAACGUCUCCUGGACGGUUGAUGGACGCAGUGCACUUUUUUCAAACUUCAAUAUCACAACCAGCUACAGCGGUACAGUGACGGUGUCGGAGUUAACCGGCCCACUGACCGGCAACGUGUCCUGUACCGCAUCCAACUACCUCUCCACAGACCUCCACCACACCACUGUCCUGAUUCCACAGUCAGAAGGAAACUCCCACACUGUUAUAAUAGCUGCUGUGGCUGCUGGAGUAGCUGUUUGCGUCACCCUGGGAGUUACUGUGACGGCUGUUUGCCUGAGAAAGAGACGCCAGAUCCCCCCAAAAUCCAUCUCCAGUCAGCGUGCAGGUUCAAAUGAAAAUUUAAGCAAAACUCCUGACGUGUGCAAAUCCAGCCUUUAUGGUAAGAAAGCGAAGGAUGAGGAUCCUAACGCCAUCUCCAGGGAGCUGCCGGAGAUUCCUACAGAGAAGAUGAGCAAAAAAGGAAAAGCGCCCAAUCCAAAAGAUUGCUUGGAGGAAAUGACUGAGAUCUACGUGAAUUGCUGAGAUCUUCUCAAAAUCUCCUCAUCGUGAUAAUGGCUCUUCCUCCCAGAUCAUCUUCAGAAAACCUUCAGUGCUACAGUACAAUACCUGUUAAGAUAUUGCGCUGGUUUGCAUGGUUUAAACACUUUAACUGUGCAACAACUCCGUUUUUUUUUUCAAGAAAUGCAAUUUCUGUUUUUUUUUAUUGUGCUUGUUAGUCAACUACUGUAAUUUAGUUAGAGACGAUUAAUAUAUAA